CCGUAGGAUGUACCGCUGAGCGCAGACUUGCUCUCUGGACGGACGGCGUCUGUGUUUGGAAAUAUCGCCGCUUUUGGAUUAUAUUCUUCCGUUGCUCUUUGAAUCACAACCAGAUGAAUAGAAAUGGGUAAACUGCAUUCGAAACAUGCUGCCGUUUGUAAACCGAGGGAGAGUCCGGAAGGCGACAGUUUCGUAGUGAAUGCGUGCUUGGCGAGGAAAGGCAUCGACGACUGGCUGGUGAAGCAGCAGUACUACUGCACCGGGUCGUCGCGCCUGGAGCACGACUGUCACCACAAGAAGACCUGCGGCUCCACUCCUCGGGACUCUAUGGAUGAGUCCUGUGCAGAAGGGAUCAGCGAUGAACACUACCGUUUAGAAGUGGCUCUACCCCCGGAGAAGCCAGACAGCUGCUGUGUGGAGAAGAUUCAGGAGAAGGACAGCCGCCCCCCCGCUGGGCCCCACAAACAGCUCCAGUUUGAAGAGUUGGAGUGUGCUGUGUCCGUUGAGGAGGACAGCAGGCAGGAGUGGACCUUCACCCUGUACGACUUUGACAACAAUGGCAAGGUCACCAGAGAGGACAUCACCAGCCUGCUUCACACCAUCUACGAGGUGGUGGACUCAUCGGUCAACCACUCCCCCAGCAGCAGCAAGACCCUGCGGGUCAAGCUGUCCGUGGCCCCGGACCCCAGCCAGCGCUGGAGGAGCUGUGGGCAGGCUGGUACAGUUAAAGAAAUGUCCCACACACGACCGAAAAGCGACAAGUGUAUAGAAGACCCCAAGAGUGAAGACAAGAAGUCCAGAGCUCUCAUAAGACGGGCCGUCACGGGCGGCGGCUGCUGCGCCCGCCCGUCCCUCCCCGGUGCGCUCAUCGUGCGGCUCAGCGAGCACACGGCCGGCCAGCGUUGCCGCCUCACCAGAACCGCCGCGCCCCUCAACGCCCACAGGCGCAAGCACUCGGACCACCAUGCCCAGCCCGCCGCCCCGGCAGCCCAGCCCGGCCGGGCGCCCUGCCAGCCGCACAGCGUGGACGAGAACCUGGAGCGGAGGAACCACUACCUGGACCUGGCUGGCAUCGAGAACUACACCUCACGCUUCGGGACCGCCACCAGCACCGAGCCCCCCAAACCCGAGCCCACCCAGACGCGGCCCACCAACCAGGCCCGCUCCCGCUCCCACGAGCCCCAGAACGGCCACUCCUACCCCCCCCACCACCGGCGCUCGCAGACCGCCGCCGAGCCCGCCAUCCCAGAGAGCCCCUGCCCCGCCCGGCUCCGGGGCCCGGACCCGGGGAAGCACGGCGGCCCCCGCUCCCCCAAGACCCAGGGCCGCACGCCCCCCGCCCAGCCCGGCGCUGGGGGGCGGGCCCUGAGGAGCCGCGGCACGCCCCCCGCCCCGGCGCUGUCCGGCCUGGCCCCGCCCCACCAGGCCGCCGCCCCCUACCGCAAGCACAAGCAGCGGGCCAAGGAGAGCCAGGGCUACCGCGCGCUGGGCCCCGGCGCGCCGGGGGUCCCCCCGGGGGCCACCACCGCGCCGGACAAGGAGCCGACGAGGGAGGUGCCCGGCGUGCUGCUCUACGACGGGGGGCCGGGGCAGGUGGUGCAGCGGCACGAGCACCACCACCACCACGAACACCACCACCACUACCACCACUUCUACCAGUCCUGAGGCCUCGUCGUCGCCACUCGCCCUCGGAGGC